UUUGGUAGAUUCACUUCCAUUCCCUUGAUCUUUAGCACAGUGUCAUAAAUAAUGAACGAAACGCUGUCAUUAAGCUUUAACUACGGUUAAUAAUUGAUUCCUUAGAUUUAAACUAUUUGUCAAAUACUGUUUACUGGAUCAAGUGGAAAUAAAUUAUAUCUCGACUCCAUUUAUUGUUCUAUAGUCAUUUAGCAACAUUUGCAUUUUUCUUCUUUCUUUUUUUUUCUACCUGUUUUCAUCUUCAACCGAAGCAGGAGACUUUUUCAGUCAGAGGUCAUAAAUCCACCAAGGGCCGACGGGCCAUUAUUAUUAUUAUUGUCAUUUAUGACAUGCUACUGAAGAUGAUUGGCAGCUGGUGCGAUUGGAGAAGAGCAUUAUAUCGGCCGAGGAGGUGAUCGAAGAUUAGAGGAGCAGAUCUCCAGCCUGGACUUGGCCAUGGAGUCGACAAGAGUGGCCAUCUUGGCUCUUCUUCUGCUGCUGGCGUUUGGAUCUUCCACUGCCAAAGUCGAGGAGGAGAACCCGGAGUUCUGGAGGUCACAGGCACGGAGGACGUUGCAGUCGGCUUUGGACAGGAAGCUCAACACCAAUGUUGCCAAGAACAUCCUGUUCUUCCUCGGAGAUGGCAUGGGAAUCACAACCUACACAGCGGCUCGUAUCCUCAAGGGACAGCUGCAGAACCAGACAGGAGAGGAGACGGUGAUGACCAUGGACACCUUCCCCAAUGUGGGAUUGGCUAAAACCUAUAGCGUGGACUUCCAGAUUGCAGACAGUGCAGCUACAGCCACAGCGUAUCUGUGUGGAGUGAAAACCAACCUGAACACUGUCGGAGUGAGCGCGGCGGCUCGCAACGGAGUCUGCAAGACUCAGAAGGGCAACGAGGUCACGUCCAUUCUGAAGUGGGCCAAAGAUGCUGGCAAGUCUGUUGGGAUUGUAACAACCACCCGGGUGCAACACGCUACCCCAGCAACCAGCUACGCCCACAGCGCCAGCAGGAAGUGGUACAGUGACGCCGACAUGCCUGAUUCCGCCAAGAAGGAAGGCUGCACCGACAUCGCCUCUCAGCUCAUCAAAAACACAGACAUAGAUGUGAUCAUCGGUGGUGGCAGAAAGUACAUGACCCCUAAAGGCACCAAGGACCCAGAGUACCCCAGGGACUACUCCUCCAGGGGCAAAAGAAAAGACGGACGCAACCUCAUCAAUGAGUGGCAGAGCCUGAAAACUGGAAAGGUAGCCCACUAUGUGUGGAAUAAAACAGACUUUGAUGCUGUUGACCCCGAAACCACCGACUACCUCAUGGCUCUGUUUGAACCCGGUGAUCUGCGCUUCGAGGCGGAGAGGGACCCGAGCAUGGACCCGUCCAUCGUCGAGACCACGGAAAAGGCCAUCCGCAUCCUGCAGAAAAACCCUAAAGGCUUCUUCCUGCUAGUGGAGGGUGGGCGUAUCGACCAGGGUCACCACGCCGGCCGGGCGUUCAUGGCCCUCCACGAGACGGUUGCUUUUGACUACGCCAUCGCCAAGGGCCUUGAACUCACCGAAGAGCACGAAACUCUCACCGUAGUGAUGGCCGACCACUCCCACCCGUUUACCUUCAACGGAUACCCAUUUCGAGGGCAAAGCAUUCUGGGUAAAUCACCGCUGUGGGCCACAGACAUGCUGCCUUACACCACGCUGAUGUACGGCAACGGACCCGGACACAAAAUCACCAACGGCAAGCGCCCUGAUAUCCGCAAUGUCAACACCAAAUCUAAAGACUACAUCCAGCUGUCUGCGGUGCCCACAGAGUCGGCCACCCACAGCGGAGAGGACGUGGCGGUGCUCGCCCGCGGACCCAUGGCCCACCUCUUCCAGGGCGUCCAUGAGCAGAACUACGUCGCUCACGCCAUGGGCUACGCCGCCUGCGUGGGCGCCGACGUGAGGCACUGCCAGGGGCAAACCGCACCACCUGCGGUUCACACCACCUUCACCGACCAUAAGAACGGGAACAGGGGAGUUCACGGCUCAGCGGCUCUGCUCAGCAGCCUCCUCAGUGCCCUGGUAGCACUUACACUGUUGAUGUAAGAUCCCCUUCCUCAGUGAAGCCUAUUGAUCUCAUUCCAGUUGCCACAUUAAAGGGAUUAGAGGUCAGGGUCGCAGAGGAGCGGGCAGGGAUUCGGAGACUUGCUCAGGGAGCGGAGGUGUACCGCUGUGGCUUAUUGAGCCAGGGUUU